UUUUCGUCCUUCACUGGUGACAAACAAAUUCCUGUAGCAGCUCAUCGUGUCACAAUCUGUUUGCUUCACACCUGGAGUGGAAAGUAUCGUCGUCUCCAACACAAGACUGUUGGUACAAACUUUUUCUUCCUUUACUGGUGAUAAACUAAUUCCUGUAGCAGCUCAUCGUGUCACAAUCUGUUUGCCUCACACCUGGAGUGGAAAGCAUCGUCGUCUCCAACACAAGACUGUUGGUACAAACUAGGAAUGCAGAGGAUUAUUAAAUAUGGAAUAACUUAACAAAUCAUUAAAAAGGAAACUGUGAGCUGAUGUGGAUGAAAAUUCAACAGCAUGGAUGAGAAAAGUGACAAAAGGACUCAUCAGCUGUCAAAACCUAAACUCAGUGAUGACUCCCCCACAUCAUCACUGAACCCAUCAAAGGGAGACAUCUCUGGAUUCAGCAGUGAUUUGUCCAAAGACAAAUCAGAACAAACUUCAUCCUCAGACAGGAUGCAUCAGGAUCCCAGCGGUGUGUCCUAUGUUUCCAAGGACAGGAGUCCUAACUUUAAAUCAGAGGUUCCUUCUCCACCAGAGAGGAUUCAUCAGGAUCCCAGCUGUUUGUCCUACAGAAGUGAUGUUUCCAAGGACAGGAGUCCUAACUUUAGCUCAGAGGUUCCUUCUCCACAUGAGAUAGUGGACGAACAAAGCUCAGAGAUUCCCAGUGGCCAGUGUGAAGAGCUGGAAUCUACAUUUAAGCUGCUGAAGGAAAACAUUGCAACUUAUGUGAAUGGCGAGCUAAAGACAAUCCAGAAUCUCCUGGACCCAAACAGUACAGAAUGUUUAGAUAGUCCGUGGGAGUUUGAUGAAGUGUCAGAAGACGAGGAUGAAGAGAUGAUCAGGAGCAACAAGGAGGCACUUUUAAAGAUCGCACUGAACUUUCUGAAGAAAAUGAAGAAAAAGGAUCUGGCAAAUCGUCUGCAGAACAAACUUCAUGCUGCAGUUUGCCAACGUCAGCUGAAAUCGUCUCUGAAGAAGAAGUUCCAGUGUGUGUUUGAGGGGAUUCCUAAAGCAGGAAACCCAACUCUUCUGAAUCAGAUCUACACUGAGCUCUACAUCAUAGAGGGAAGAACUGGAGAGGUCAAUAAAGAACAUGAGGUCAGACAGAUUGAAAUAGUGUCCAUGAAACCACAGAGACCAGAAACAAAAAUCGGACAAGAAGACAUCUUUAAACUCCCACCUGGAAGAGUUGAACCAAUCAGAACAGUGAUGACACAGGGAGUGGCUGGCAUUGGGAAAACAGUUCUAACACAGAAGUUCACUCUGGACUGGGCUGAAGACAAAACCAACCAGGACAUUCAAUUCAUAUUUCCAUUCACAUUCAGAGAGUUGAAUAUGUUAAAAGAUAAAAAGUUCAGUUUGAUCGAACUUGUUCAUCACUUCUUUGCUGAAACUAAACAGAUCAGCCAUUUUGAACAGUUCCAGGUUCUGUUCAUCCUUGAUGGCCUGGAUGAGAGUCGACUUUCUCUGGACAGCAAUGAGAUCCUGACUGAUGUUACACAGUCUGCCUCAGUGGAUGUUCUGCUGACAAACCUUAUCAGGGGGAAACUGCUUCCUUCAGCCCGCCUCUGGAUAACUACAAGACCUGCAGCAGCCAGUCAGAUCCCUGCUGAAUGUGUUGGCAUGGUAACAGAGGUCAGAGGGUUUUCUGACCCACAGAAGGAGGAGUAUUUCAAGAAGAGGUUCAGAGAUGAGGAGGAGGCCAGCAAGAUCAUCUCCCAUGUGGAGAAAUCACGGACCCUCCAUAUCAUGUGCCACAUCCCAGUCUUCUGCUGGAUCACUGCUACAGUUCUAGAAAAUGUGUUGAAGACCAAAGAGGAAGAAGAGCUGCCAAGCAGCCUCACUGAGAUGUACAUCCACUACCUGGUCGUUCAUGCCAAAAUGAAGACAGCAAAAUAUGACAAAGGGAAAGAAACUGAUUCACCUUGGAGUCCAGAGAGCAGGAUGAUGAUUGAGUCUCUGGGAAAACUGGCUUUUGAUCAGUUGCUGAAAGGAAACCUGAUCUUUUAUAAAGAAGACCUUACAGCAUGUGGCAUUGAUGUCAGAGCAGCCUCAGUGUACUCAGGAGUCUUCACAGAGCUCUUUGAAGAGGAGAGAGGUCUGUGCCAGGACAAAGUUUUUUGCUUUAUCCAUCUGAGUGUUCAAGAGUUUCUAGCAGCUCUCUAUGUCCAUCUGACCUUCAUCAAAGAUGGUCAUAAUGUGAUGGAACCAAAACAAGUAUCUUCCAAGAUUUUUACAUUUUAUAGCAAACCAAAACUAACAAAUCUCCAUCAGAGUGCCAUUAAUAAGACCAUGACAGAUACAAAUGGACAUCUGGACUUGUUCCUCCGCUUCCUCUUGGGUCUUUCAGUGCCGACAAAUGAGAAACUUCUGGAAGGGUUGGUGACACAAACAGGAAGUAACUCACAGACUAACCAGGAAACAAUCCAGUUCAUUAAGAAGAAGCUCAACAACAAUUUGCCUGCAGAAAAAAGCAUCACUCUCUUUCACUGCCUCAAUGAACUGAAUGAUCACACCCUAGUGGAGGAAGUCCAGAAAACUCUGCAGUCAGGGAAUCUCUCCACAGAUAGCCUAUCUUCGGCACAGUGGUCUGCUCUGGUGUUUGUCUUACUGACAUCAAAAAAAGAUCUGGACGUGUUUGACCUGAAGAAAUACUCAGGUUCUAAGGAGGUUCUACUGAGGCUGAUGCCAGUGGUCAAAGCAUCCAACAAGGCUCUGCUUGGUGCCUGUGAUCUCUCAGAAGAGAGCUGCAAAGCUUUGUCAAAAGUCCUCAGCUCCCCGUCCUCCAGUCUAAGAGAGUUGGACCUGAGUAACAACAACCUGGAGGAUUCAGGAGUGAAGUUUCUAUCAGAAGGACUGAAGAGUCCACAUUGCAAACUGGAAACUCUAAGGUUGUCAGGCUGUCUAUUAACAGAAGAGAGCAGUUCUCAUCUGGUUGAAGCACUGGGUCCCCACUCCCGACUGACAGAGCUGGAUCUGAGCUACAAUCAUCUAGGAGCCUCAGGAGAAAAGAUUCUGACAGCUAUAAAAUCAGAAUCCAAACUGGAGACUGUCAUCAGAUUGAGCCCUGCAGGAUGGAGAUGGUUGAAACAUGGUUUAAGAAAAUAUUCCUUUCAACUCAAAAUUGAUGCAAACACAGUCAGCAAAGAUCUCAAAGUAUCUGAGCAAAACAGAAGAGUAACAAGCGGGGAAGCAGACGUGCCAUAUCCUGAUGAUCCAGCGAGAUUUGAUUAUCCUCAGCUGCUUUGUGAAAAUAAACUGGAAGGUCGCUGUUACUGGGAGGUCAAAUGGAAAGGGACGGUUUCCAUAUCUGUGAGUUACAAAAAUAUUCAGAGAAAAGGAAAUAUGGAUGACUCUGUGUUUGGAGGGAACAGUCAGUCCUGGAGUCUGGGCUGCUCUGAAGGUGAUGGUUACUCUGUUUGGCACAAUAAUGAGAAAACACCCUGCACCCCUACAGCGGUCUCUGAAAGAGUAGCAGUAUAUGUAGACUAUGUAGCUGGCAUUCUGUCCUUUUACAACAUAUCCUCUGACAAACUGAUCCACCUCUACACCUUCAACACCAAGUUUACAGAACCUCUUUAUCCUGGGUUUGCGUUAUGGAGUCACGGUUCCACUGUGUUACUGUGUUGAGUGUAAAAAGCCUCAUUUUGUCAGAGAAACCCCUUAACAUCUCUAUCUAACGAUGAUAACGUCCAAACAUCACAGUACUUCAGACACAUUUGUUUAAAAUUACAGAUUCAUUUUUUAUUUUUGAGUAUAAAUAUCUGUCCCUAAGCUUCAUCAAUAGGUCAUUUUAACAGGAAUCUGAGUGUUUUAUUUUCUGUGUAAUAAAUAUAUUUUGGGGGGUUUUUCUUUGGACAAUAAAAUCCAAAGAACGGAGGGCAGAAGUUGCUUCCGUAGAAAAACUAUAGUCUAUAUUCAAUUCUUAAUAUGUAUUAAGCUGGUUCCCUAAUUAUUAUUCUGUGAAGAAAUAAUUUGGCACUGGAGUCUCAACUCCCAGAAAAAUGCCAUGUUCAAACAUACUUCCAUACAACAGGUCUCCCAAUAAUGGUGUAAGAAGGAAUUCAUGAGUCUGUGUGUAAAUAAAACUUCAGGUCUGUUUGUUUCUGUUUGUCUUUUUAGAUAAAAUUUUAGUGUUUUUGAAAGUAACAUUUUUAUAUGUUAUGGUAUGCUACAUUUCGAGUUAAUCACAAUAUCUUAUGAUUUAUAUCUUGGUAUUGUUAUUGUUACUACUGAUGAUAUAUGGUAAUUUUUACCGGGAUAUAUUGAAAACUGUAAUGUUGUGGCUAUUAUGCAGUCGUUCAUUUAAUCAAACAUGUUGUGAUGCAGUUACUUUAAAAAUAUCCUAGUGCUGUUAGUCAGAAAGGAGGACUUUCUCCUCUCUAAGUGAUGGAACUAUGUUAGAGAAAAUGUUUAUAUAUUUUACAGAAUAGUGUGUCUUUCAUUUUCCUUACAGUCGCUGUUACUGGGAGGUCAAAUAAAAUGGGGAGGGGUGUUUUCUUAAUAG